CUUCUCAUCUGCAUUCCCCGGUCGAAAGGAUUCACCAACCCGGGUGCAAUAUUGGGAACCACAUCAACACCUCUUUGCGACUGCGAACAAUGAUGGGAAUACAGACAUUGAAGCUUCCAAACAGCCAGUUAUUGAAACCAUCAGGCUCACAUUCCUUCAGAGAUAUGCUGAGGUGGUACGCAGCAGCUUUCUGGACCAAGUUUGAAUGCUUGAGGAAAUGAGAGAAAUAUUUAACCGUUUGUUCAUAAGUCUUCAAGACCAAUAAGAAUAUUGGUCUCUUCCUCCCUUCCCUUGCUGUGGAUACUAAGUAGGCACAAAGCAACCAGGAAGGAAUAGUUGCUGUGUUUUGGCAAGGUCGAAAAAAAAAAAAAAAAAAAGGGUGAAGCGAUAGCAAAAAGCAGCAAUAUUUGUUAUGUUAAAGCGGCGUGCUCUCAGGAACCGACGACGGCCACAUAAAAUUUACUCAAGACCGCAUCAAAUCCUCCAGUUAGUCCGUACCUGGCGCCUGAGGAUCCCACUGUGGCGCAGCGGUGUUCUCGUCUCGCUCCCCAUCACCAGCCAACAGAUUUUCCACGAUCUCCAGCAUUUGAUUCGACUGAUUCGGCUCGCUUUGUUCCCCUUUUCCCCUUCGCUGCUCGGGCUGGCUGAGUCUCCUGCAGCUAACUAACCAUUUUUACUCCUUCCAGGGCUACCCCAGUUCCUAUUCCGCUGCCCGCUCUCCUCUAUUGUACACAACCAUCAACACCCACUCGAAACCAAACCCUUUGUUCCGGGAUGCAGUGAUAGUGCUACUUUUCAGGAACAUUCGCUGACUGUUUCGCCGAUCGGUGGGCUGAGGAACCAACUGAACUGAACUUGACCCUUCCAGACCACAGAGACAUUCAAUCGCGAAAACUGGUAGCAAUCAAUUCACACCCCUCACUUCGUCGAACGACAAACCACGCAUCCCCCGCAGUAGGCGCCCUGUCCCCAAUAAUCUCGUCUCCAGUGGCUACCAUUCUUUGAUUCUUUGCAAAACUCUACCCAUUGGGGAUUAUAGGGGAUUGCUUGAAUAGGACAAUAGUUGAAGUAAAGCGAAAGCAAGGAAAACAAAAUGGCUGAUUAUCGCUCGCCGAUGCUGCAAAUCCCUCCCCGUAAACCCCUGGGUUCCGGCAAUGCCGGCCUACAAUUCCAUUCCUCUGACUCUCCUAGUCCGCAACAGCGUCAACAGCAGGAAAUGAGACCACAACCACAUCAAAGUCGGCCCCAGGCCUCUUCUUCCUCAUACUACCCACACCAAAUGCACCCUCACCAACAAAUGCCUCCUGGCGUACACCACCCACACCACCCACAGCAGCAGCACAUGAACCCUAAUUACCCAGGGCGACGGGCGUCAAAUGGGACGAUAUCGACCACAUCUACUGGAGGAAAUAGCCCUCUACCUUCUGGCCUUCCUAAUUCCCACGCUGAUAUCCGACGAAGCUCCUCGUCACGCUCUGGUCAUGCUCCGGCUCCGAUUGGUUACGUCGCGCUGAUGCGAAAACAAAAGGCCACCGUAUGGUGUGACCGGGCGCAACAGGAAGACCCGCGCGUAGUCGCCCAGAGACGGGCAGCAAAGCAACGGGCAGCCAUAGAAGUGCAUGGGGGAGGUGGUUGGAGUGCCCCGCUGACCAGCACAGGCAAAAUACGGCAUAAUACCUCCUCGCGCUCCAUGAGCUAUAACACAGGCACCAUGGUUGGUGCCGGUGUACCUCUUCGAUUGAGCGCUAACGAAGUUGGCGACGGUGAAGAUGACAAGGAUAACGACGGAUCCCCCUUCCAUCGCCGAACGGGCAGUGGGCGGAGUUCCACGGGCAGCAGUCGGUUUCCCAGCGGGUACCAGAGACCACAGCAGGGCCGCUUUAGCAGUAGUAGCAACAGCAACACGCCGCCAAAUACGGAUCCAGCGGACCGGAUACAGACCGACAUCCCUGAAAUCGUGGAGACUCCCGCUCCUCUGAAACCUGACGAGGAGAAAGAAUACUUCGCUAGCAGCAACGUAGAUUCUGGCGCGAAUGGCAGCUCCGCAGCAGCGAUAGCGUCAUCGAACCUAGAAACAGACAAGUCCAAACCCGACCGCCCUGGUAGCACGCAUAGCCAGGCCAGUGAGCUGGAGGAAGACUUUGGCACGGUUACGGAGAUGGCAGCGCCAAGUGGAGCCGUUGCCGCAGCGAAUAGAGUCAAAAAGGUGGAUGAUCUUAAACGGAGGGGUAGCGUGGAUGAUCGAUCUACCAGGAUGAGUAAUGUGAGGCUUUUUGUUGCGAAUCCGGACUUGAGCGAUUGAGCGGGUAAAGGCAAGAGGACAGCGAUGGUUUUUUUUCCUUCUCUAUUUCCUGCCUUUCUUUAUAUAUUCUAAUAGUGAUGGCGCGGGGAGCCGGGGUAGGAGCUUUUAUAUUAUAUAUUAUUAGUUCGUUCUUUUGGGGAGAGCAUGGCUGGCACACUGUGAUUUCCAUUUCUUCUUUCACUUUUUAAUUCAUUUAUGUCACGUCAGGACAUCUCCUGUGGUGUUGUUACUCCCCAUACGCACGCCCUUAGGUAUAUUUUAAUACUUUACUAUAUUUUCUAUUUCCUUUUUUUUUUUCGUUUCAAAACUUUUCUUACAGUUGGUAUUAUUAUUAUAUUUUCUUCCUGCAUUUCAUUCUCGUUCACUUUCUCGAUCUCACAGAAUUUCCCUCUUCCACCUUUACCUUUUGUUUUCCUCUCUAUACUCUAUUCACAUCACUCCCCCCUCGUUUUUCCCCGGCUCUCUUUCAUAAUGCUGCCAUCGUCGGAUUCGUCUUUUUUUUCACCUUUCCGGAGGCAGAGGGGGAAAUAAACACCUAGCUUGGAAUUAGUUUUGAAUGCUAAUGCUACAAAUUUUAUCAGUG